GCAACAACAGCAGCUGCCACCUCUCGGCUCCUCUCCCCAGAAGGACCGAGGAGUCCGGCGUUUGCCCCGCGACGAUGACCCCGCCUGGGCGCCUCCUCCUCCUGGCGCUCGCCGCUGGCGCCCUCCUGUGCGCGGCGUCCGCAGCCGGCGGCGUCUACUUCAAGGAAGGGCAGAGCUGCCACAAGCCGAUGGCGAAGAGACCUCCGGGGAUCAGAACCUACCCUCGUCCCCACGAAAACUUGGACAUCUCAAAACUACCCGAGAGCUGGGACUGGAGAAACAUAGAUGGAGUCAACUAUGUGAGCGCCACACGCAACCAGCACAUCCCACAGUAUUGCGGAUCCUGCUGGGCCCAUGGCAGCACCAGCGCUUUAGCAGAUCGCAUCAACAUAAAGAGGAAAGCUGCUUGGCCCUCUGCAUACCUGUCAGUCCAGCAUGUUCUCGACUGCGCCAAUGCUGGCAGCUGUCAUGGGGGAGACCACAGCGCAGUAUGGAGGUAUGCUAAUGAGCACGGGAUCCCAGAUGAGACCUGCAACAACUACCAAGCUAAAGAUCAACAAUGCAUGAAGUUUAACCAAUGCGGGACAUGCAUUACUUUUGGUCAAUGCCAUGCGCUAACGAAUUACACCUUGUGGAAAGUUGGAGAUUAUGGAAAAGUCAGUGGACGAGAGAAAAUCAUGGCAGAAGUCUAUGCAAAUGGACCCGUCAGCUGUGGGAUCAUGGCCACUUCGAAGCUGGAAGCAUACACCGGAGGAAUUUAUAAAGAAUACAACGCCGUUCCCAUAAUAAACCACAUAAUCUCCAUUGCUGGCUGGGGGAUAGAAAAUGGAACUGAAUACUGGAUCGUCCGGAACUCUUGGGGACAGCCAUGGGGUGAGAAGGGCUGGCUCAGAAUUGUUACGAGCGCCUAUAAAGGAGGCAGCGGAGGGCACUACAACCUGGCUGUGGAGGAGGACUGUGCUUAUGGAGACGUUGUACUUUCUUGAAUUCUGCAAUGGAUCACAGAGCCCUUAUUUGCACUCCUGAUUUUGAAACAAAAGGUAUCUCCCAGCAAGAUUUCCCUCCUUCUCGUGAAAGGGAAAGAUAUAUAUAUAUAUAUAUGGCAAUGCAU